GCAUGCGAGAGGACGGGUGUCGACAAAGUUAGCUCCACCAGACAGUAUGCUAACCUACCCUUCAAACCACCUUCGAUGAAUGAGCUGCCAGUUCCUCAGGGCUCAUGGACUCUACGAAAUCAAAGAAAACAGAAAACCUAUAAUUUGCAACUGGCAGCAGGUCUUGGGUUCACUGGAUUCACAUUGUUUGUUGCUAAACAGAGUGGACUGAUAGAGUUUGGUUGGGGACCUGGUAAGGUGAGCCUCCCAAAGGAGGUUGUAGAAGAAGUAGCAGAGGAAGAGGCACCAGCUGAAGAAGCCACUGAAGAAGCUGCUGAAGAGGCUCCUGCUGAGGAGGCACCAGCUGCACCAGCUGAAGAGGCUCCAGCUGCACCUGCCGAGGAAGCACCAGCUGCACCUGCCGAGGAGGCACCAGCUGCACCUGCCGAGGAGGCCCCAGCUGCACCUGCCGAGGAGGCACCAGCUGCGCCUGCCGAGGAGGCCCCAGCUGCGCCUGCCGAGGAGGCCCCAGCUGCGCCUGCCGAGGAGGCACCAGCUGCGCCUGCCGAGGAGGCACCAGCUGCGCCUGCCGAGGAGGCACCAGCUGCACCUGCCGAGGAAGCACCAGCUGCACCUGCCGAGGAGGCACCAGCUGCACCUGCCGAAGAAGCUCCAGCUGCACCUGCUGAGGAAGCACCUGCUGCUCCUGCAGAAGCCCCAGCUGCCACAGCAGAAGUCCCGGCAGCUGAGCCACCGAAGCCCCUGCAGUAGAGAGUGUGCCUGCAACACCUGGUGAGUCUGCCUCUGAAAGUGUUUCUCCUGAGUCUCCUGCAGUGGAGGUGGUCACAGAAGAGCAAGUGAUGGUUGAUGUUGUACACGAACCAGUUGUUGCUGUGGUUGCCAGUGAAUCG